AUGGGAAGUAAAUUAUCCCCCCUACUGGCUGAACUCUUCAUGAGUGACUUCGAAACAGAUCUCGAAAAACGGGAGAAACUUUUCCCUCGUGUUUGGUGGCGUUAUGUUGAUGAUAUCUUCGCCACCGUAAAGGAACGGUAUCUCCCGCAAACGCUUGAGGUUUUGAACAACCAGCAUAGUUCGAUUAAAUUUACCGUCGAAAAAGAAGUUGAUGGGAAACUUCCAUUCCUCGACCUGUUAAUUUCUAGAAAAGAAGAUAACACGGUGAAAUUCGGAAUUUACCGUAAACCCACGUCAACAGAUCGCUAUAUUACGGUUGAUUCAAACCAUUUUGGAGCGCAAAAGCAAGCUGCCUUUCAUUCGAUGGCCCACCGUCUGUACAACAUACCGAUGGAGAGCCAUGAAUUCGAACUAGAAAAGCAAAAAAUCUUGCAGGCUGGUGAAUUAAACGGAUACGAUCAAGAAUUCGUCAGCAAAAUCCUCCGAAAACACGAAAGAAAAAAGCUUCGUAGCAACGCAACCACAUUCAAACCAGAAAGAGAUGAAUCCCAAAGAGUCAGCCUGCCGUACCACCCACUACUGACAAAUAGUAUCUGUAAGAUUCUCUCUAAACAUGGUCUGAAAGUGGCUUACAAAAGUUCAAACACUUUGAAAGAUCGACUGGUUUCUCUAAAAGACAAAGUGCUACCGGAAGAGAGAUCUGGAAUUUAUGAGAUUCCAUGUCAAAACUGCCCGGCCGUCUAUAUUGGGCAAACCAGACGGAAAUUCAGAACCAGAAUCAAAGAGCACAAAAACGCAGUAGAUAACAACAGGAGCAACGAAUCAAGUGUAGCUGCCCACGCGUCAGAACUUAAUCAUCACAUAGAUUGGGGAAAGGUUAAGUUCAAAAAAUGUGUACGCAAAGCGUCACAUUUAAACGCAUGGGAAUCCAUGUAUAUCACUACAUCGGAAAGGCCACUUAUGAACGAGGAUGAGGCUCCAAUCAUAUCACCGCUUUUCAACCUGCUCAAACCAAGUUUUCAACAACCCGACCACCCUUCGACGAAUACUAUUGGAUAG